AUGGACUCUGCCAGUUCUUCUGGGACAGAAGACCAUACGUCCACUCAUGAACAGGACCAUGACCGUGACCAGGACUCGUCUCCGCUUCUCGAAGCCCGGGGAGGCCUCGCUGAUUUUGGGCCCUCAUCAGCUAACCAGGGCCCAAGACCCCAACUCGCGACUGAAGGGCUUCAUGACGACGACAUCAUCGGGGUCAGUAUCGGCCGAUCCCAGACUCAUAUGCGAUCCCCAGAAACACCGGCUGCUGAGAAGGCGAGAGCGUUGAACUUGCCACUGGAGUCUUUCCAGCGAAUCUUGUCCUCGACCGAGGAGGAAAAUGAAAGCGAGGAUCAACAAGAACCCGAUUCCACAUCGGCCUACGAUGGUUUGAAGCCUACACCACUCUUCCUGGAUGGCAAGGCGUCCACCUCUACAAUUGACCUGGCGGAAGACAAGGUAUCUUCGGCCCAAUUAGUCGGAUCUCACCACAAAAGGAGUGGGCAUGGUCAAGCUGAAGGUUCAAAUAUCUCUCCCAAGGGGACCUAUGCAGACCACAUUCGGAAAGGAGCAGACUUGGGGCAAGAAUCGUCGACCCCGAGGACAGAUCAAUCUCCUCUACUUCACCCUCGCGCCCAGACCGACAUCGAAGCCGUACCACAGGAAGAAUCGCGGAAUGGGCCAUUCCAUAAAUCAUCACUGGCAAAGGCAUUCUUGAAUGCGGCGGACCACAGUGGAAGGGGACGUUCGUUCUCAGGUCCGACCGCUCUGUUUUCGAACCUCCGCAAAUAUCUGCCCGAUAUACCCUCGCCGUCGUUCAACCGAAGUUCAAUCUCCCUCAUACCAUUCGGCAACAAGAAUCCAAGCAAUUCAGACUUUGAACCCGCUGCCGACUCACCACUAUCUCCAUUCGAAAGAGCUAUGACGUUUCGAUGGUCCGUACGCGAACCGGUCGAGAAGCAGGAGAUGACCAGAUCUCAACCAGUGACUCCGCCAGAACGGCUGACUUCUGGCCACCUCGCCAGUGCUCCAAAACCGAUGCACCGGCCUGAUGCACAUGAUGAAGCGCUGCUUUCCCCUAUCAGCCCAGCAUCAACCAAGAGUCGUGCACGUUCCAACUCCGAAGGGUCUCUUUACUUGAUGAGGAAAGCGUCAGGGAUGUCUACAUGGGACGACAUCAAUGCCUUUGCCGACAUCACCGAGAUGGCCAAUUCUCGUUUGAAAGCGAUCACGGACAGCUUCCAGAAUUCAUCGUUGAGGCUACCCAAACUUCCAACCAUCCGCCCGAUCCCGAAGCGGAUCGACACAGUGGCCACGGGCCGUGAUGGACACGCGCACGCAGGCCAAGGCAUAUCCAAGAAAGUCGGAAUGGGUGCCGGUAACAUUCAAGUAGAGACUCCCCAGCAAAGGGCACAUCCAAUUUUAGCUCGCGCCCUCUCGAAAACGACCGGCGACAUUGUCGUUCUGGGGGGCUACCGAGGCUCGAUUUUGAGAUCCGCUCAGCCGCCUCAUCGACAGCUUUGGGUGCCACUCAAGGUUGGAUUCAACCUUCGUAAAGUCGAUCUCGAGGUCGGUCUGACACGAGAGGAGGAAGCGAGGACGGAGGAAACUGUGAUUCCGUCGAACAUCCUCUCACACAUUGGACCAAUUGACAUAUGCCGGAGGCUGCUCAGACAUAUGAGGAAGUGUCCAAAUGCCCGCGAUAACAAGCUCCGAGUCCACGACUGGGGAUAUGACUGGCGGCUGAGCCCUGACCUGUUAAGUGGGAGGCUCAUCAAGUUCUUGGAAUCCCUGGAAUGCAACCAACCAGGAACCCCUCCGGAAAGGAGAGGAGCAACGGUGGUGGCUCACAGUCUUGGUGGGCUUAUCACAAGGCAUGCGGUCAACCAGAGACCGGAUCUGUUUGCAGGAGUGGUCUAUGCUGGAGUUCCACAACACUGUGUAAAUAUUCUCGGGCCACUGCGGAACGGGGACGAUGUUCUUCUCAGUUCCAAGGUUCUCACGGCACAGGUCAACUUUACGUUCCGCACGAGCUUCGCUCUGCUUCCGGAUGACGGGCAUUGCUUUCUUCAAAAACACACCAAUAAACGAUACGACCUGGACUUUUUCGACCCCCAUGUCUGGGACGAAUAUCGGCUGUCACCUUGCGUCAGCCCUCCGCUGCACCACCAGCAUCGCCGGAAUAGUGAACGGAGAAAGAGUCUGAUGGGGACCAUUUCAGACACUAUCUCGUCAUCUGGCAAACGAGGUUCGGCGCAACAGACAUUGGAGGCUGCUAAUCAGCGGUUAGGCGACACGGCGACUGAGGCUGCGCGCAUGGCGGAAGAUCCUGGCGAAGAGGUGAUGGGACCUACGAUGAAGCAGGCUCAGCACGCCCAGAACCGUCCUUCGGUUGCGACAGCUUGCACUAUCCCCAAGGAUGCCGCCAUGGAAUACCUUGGGCGGACACUGAGUGAGAUUCGAGCCUUCAGGCAACAAUUAAACUUUAAUCCCAGUCAUCAAGAGAACAACUUGUAUCCACCACAUGGACUCAUCUUUGGCAAGACGGUCCCAACGGUCUACGGAGCAAGAGUCGCAAAUAAGGAAGCAAUCAAGUACGACGAUGCAUACGAUGACCUCGCUUUUGCUGCUGGUGACGGGGUUGUGUUGGCCAGUGCAGCCCAACUGCCAGAAGGAUAUCGAUGUGUCAAGGGCGGGAGGGUGGAAAGUGAUCGAGGACACGUCGGCAUUCUAGGAGAUCUCGAAGGAGUCGGACGAUGUCUGGAGGCGGUAGUGGAAGCCCGCGCCAAAGGAGUCGGACGGGGCAAGGAUGCUCUUCGCAACAGGAGCGACCAGACCGGAUUGUGA